CCAGAGCGGCCCCGCGGAGGAGCGGGAGUGGGAGGACCCGGACCGAGAGCAAACCCAGUCAAGGAGCGUCCCAGACCCAGGACACAGCCCAGGCCGCGGGGCAGGAAGCAGCGCCGCACCCCCGGCCUCGGCCAGCCGAGUUUUGCCAGACGCUUUUUCUUUCUUCAGACUUUCUGUUCUUUUUCAGCUUUCUCUUUUUCUUUGCCUUAUCUCUUGCGUUACGCUUGCGGCUCCUCUCCUUUCUGGUUUCACGGUGGUAGGAAGGCAGCUUUUGCUCUUUCUCAACUGCCUCGCCAUCGGGUGUCCAGGGGAACAGCCGCCCCCUCCCCAGCCUCCGGACGCCUUCUGAAGAGAAACCAUCUGAAGCAGAGUCAUAAACAUGCAUCGUAGAGAAGUACCCCUGACACUUUUGGUGCUUAUGUUUAUAAGCACCUCAGAAGAAACUUGUACCUCGCGUCUUCACAUUACUGCAGUUGAAGGGGAACCUUUCUAUCUGAAGUAUUGUUCAUCUUCAUCUGAGCAUGAGAAUAAAACAACCACCAUAAAAUGGUACAAAAAUGAAUCGCAUGGACCCCUUGAGCUGAGCUCGAGUAGUUCACCCAGAAUUAUUUUGCUCGAUUAUGUUUUGGAGUUUUGGCCAGUUCAUUUGAAUGACAGUGGAUCUUACUCUAUCCGAAUGGGAAAUGAUACUCAUGACUGGAAAUUAAAUGUCAUCAGAAGACCUAAACACAGCUGUUUUACUGAGAAACAAGUAAUGAGUAAAUCUGUGGAAGUUAAAAAAUCUUUGCAGAUAGCCUGUGAACAUAGUUACUAUCAAAAACUGGUCAACAGAACGUUAUUGUAUAAGAACUGUGAAAAGAUAGAGAACAAUCAAAACCCAUUUUUAAAGAAGAAUGCAGAGUUUAAAGAUCAGGGAUAUUAUACCUGCAUGUUUUUCCUUCUUCGUAAUGGCAAACUAUUUAACGUCACCAAAACCUUCAAUAUAACAAUAGUUGGAGCCAUCCACUUACAUAGCUGUACUCCACGCAUUGCGAAUGGACAAAGCACCACAAACUUCCUGUCUUCAAACUGCACAGAUGUGUUAGCUUACAGUGCUGGAGACAACAGUAAUAUAAUUCCAGCUCUUCUUGGACCAAAGCUUACGCAUGUUAAAGUGGAAUUAGGAAAAGAUGUACAGCUCAACUGCUCUGCCUUGCUGAAUGAAAAGGAUGUGAUUUACUGGAACAUCUGGAAAAAAAAUGGAAAGGAUCCUAAUGUACACGAAGAGGAAGGGACAAGAAUUAGGACUUCAGAAGGCAAAUGGCUAGCUUCAAAAAUACUGAGAAUUGAGACUGUUAAUGAAAACAAUCUGAACUUUUCAUAUAAUUGCACUGCAGCCAGCGAGGGAGGCAUAGACACCAAAAGCUUCAUCUUAUUGAAAAAAGAAGACCCAGUUGACAUCCCCGGCCACAUCUUCACUAGAGGAAUGAUCGUAGCUGCUUUGAUCUCAGUGGUCAUUGUGUGCCUAGUGACCGUGUGUGCCAUUUAUAGAGUUGACUUGGUUCUAUUUUAUAGACAUUUCUUGGGAAGAGAUGAAACCUUAACAGAUGGGAAAACAUACGAUGCUUUUGUGUCUUACCUAAAAGAAUGUCGGCCCGAGAACGGAGAGGAGCACACCUUUGCUGUGGAGAUUUUGCCCAGGGUGUUGGAGAAGCGUUUUGGGUAUAAGUUGUGCAUAUUUGAACGGGAUGUGGUGCCUGGAAGAGCCGUUGUCGAUGAAAUCCAUUCAUUGAUAGAGAAAAGCCGAAGACUGAUAAUUGUCCUGAGUAAAAGUUAUAUGUCUAAUGAAGUCAGGUAUGAACUUGAAAGUGGACUCCAUGAAGCACUAGUGGAAAGGAAAAUUAAAAUCAUCUUAAUUGAAUUUACACCAGUCGGUGACUUAUUCUUGCCUCAAUCACUGAAGCUUUUGAAAUCCCACAGAGUUCUGAAGUGGCAGGCCGAUAAAUCUCUGUCUUAUAACUCAAGGUUCUGGAAGAAUCUUCUUUAUCUGAUGCCCGCAAAAGCAGUCAAACCAUAUAGAGAAGAAGCAGAAGUCUUGCCUGUUUUUUCGCAGCCCUGAUCUUCAGAAAAGCUGAGCAGAAGAAAGAACUCUUGACACUCUGGGGACUGAGUGUAUGAGCCUGUUGAUAAUGAAGGGCAUUAUUCAAAUAUUUAACUCUACUCUGUGAAUGUCCUAGUCACAGUCUGAAGAUGAAACUUGUCAUUAGGUUGCCGGGGAUAAGACUAAACAUUGAGCUAUAGUCGUGGGCUCUCAGAAGACCCUGGAAUUCAACAGAAAUGGGUCUCUUGUUUCUCCCUCUUCCAUAACUGGAUGCAGGCACUCUGCUCAAUCCCAUUCAGCAACUGUGAGACUGCACACGGUGCAGAAUAAUUUAUGCCUUAAAAUAAGGGCACGUCUUUAAGAGAUUUUUUAAUGCUAACAAUUGAACUGAAGGAUUUUAAGUUCACAAAGUGGCAUUUCUCUAUGAGCCAGUAGGUGACACAGGAACUGGAAUGGUGCCUUCACGAACCCACAAUAGCUUCCUACCUCUAAACACCUCUGACAGUGCCUGGGAUGCGGGGUGCAGGGUGGGGCUCUGGGAGAACCGACAGGGCUGUGAGCAGAGCAGGGAGCGAGGUGUGAGCUGCUGUAACAGGGCCUCAGCCUCAGAGCACGUGCAUUAAUGUAUCCUGGCUACAGCUGUAGGCCUACAGUUCUUGAAACCCCACUAAGAUGCUGCAGAGGGCUUGCUUAAUUGGACCUAUUUGUGGGAACUUCUUAAAAAGAACUCAAAACAACUUUUUAAUCUUUCAUGCCAGACACAAGUUUUAAUUCAAAUAAUUUUCUGGGUCUUUCCAAAAAAUGGUCUAAAACAUUUGUUGAUUCUGCAUAAAGGUUUAGACACAGGAUGGGUGCCAGAUCAGAUGAGUUAUUCAACAGCCAAAAAAGGAUGGUUACUUGCUUGAUUUUUAAAAGGCGACAGAUUUUAAAUGCCCUUUGGGUGGAGGCAGCAUGGCAGCCAAGACACUUGAGCUCAAAUCCCGGGUUUACCACUUCCUCUGUGAUCUCCGGAAACUCUUCUAACUCAUCUGUGAUGCAGUUUCCUCAUCUGUAACAUUAGAAUUUAUAAGAACUGUACAGGGGGACUAAGUGAAUAAAUACAAAUGAAGCUCUUACAACAGUUCUUGACACAAACUUAACGCUCAAUAAGUGUUGGUAUUGCUACGUUUGUUAUUAUUAUUAGUUAUCACCUAGGUCAGUUAUUUAGCCGUGGAAAGAGAACAAGAUCUGGAAAGGAAGGCAGUUUUGACUUGAGGCGAUUCAUUCUUACAGAGAGGCAUAGAGGAGCAGCACAUCAGCAUAUCUGCAUUGGACGUCUGCAACUUUUCACAUUGGAAGACAUAUAUCUGUCUCCUUAGUACUGGGCCUUCUUGACGGCCUCAGAGGUCUGUUCAUGAAAGUCACUGAGUGAGUGAUAAAUAGCGUGCAGCCUUACAGAGAAAGGAAAGAGCUGGGUAAGUUUGGAAGGCUGGUUAGAAGAUAUGGGUGUGGCAUGAAUGUUCCAGAAAAAUUUAAAGCAGAGACUGUUUAAAACAGCUGUGGUACUACUCUAUAUAAAGUAGAUAAUCAACAAGGACCUACCGUAUAGCACAGGGAACUCUACUGAAUGUUCUGUAAUAACCUAUAUGGGAAAAGGGUCUAAAAAAGAACAGAUCAGGUGAAUCACUUUGCUGUACACCUGAAACUAACAGAACAUUGUAAAUCAACUAUACUCCAAUAUAAAAUAAAAAAAAAUAAAAUCAGGCAACUUAAAUAAUAAAACAGCUGUGGUAGAUACUACUGAAAAUCAAAGAAAAAUGAGAUUUUCAUCAGAUUUUCAGUAUAAGAAAGUGGUCUAAUUUUUGUAGCACUUAAAAUUUUGCGUGCUAGUUGGAUGGCUAAAAAAAGUAAAGGAAUUUAAUUACUAAGAAGAUUUAUAUGUGAAAAUAUAUGGUCGUGAGAAAUUUUAUUGCUAUCAUCAUAGUCUCUAAUAGAAUGAUCUGCUUUUCUUUUUUAUUAUGUAUGAUUUAAAUACAUUAAAUGUAUUUUGUAUUAAAUAUGUUAAAUGUAUACAGUAAAUAUAUGCUUUAAAAUACAUUAAUGAACCAUU